GACUCAUCUGCCCACGCCCCCCCUUCCCACCCCCCCACGUCGGGCGCUGCGAGGGGCUGCAUUGCAGACCCGGCUGCGCCAACAGACAAAAGCGACGCCGCAUCGCGGAGGCACAAAGAGGAGCAGCGACCCGCAGCCCCCCGCAGCACCGCCAGCCCAGGUCAUCCCUCCCCUCCCCGGCAGCCCCACCAUGCUGGACACCAUCAGCAGUCAGUACGACUCCUUCAUCUACUGGAGGAUGCCCAUCCCACGGCUGGAGCUGGCGGAGCUGGAGGGGCUGGGCCUGGGGUCCCUCUAUGCGCCCCACGGCAAAGUGCCCGAGGCAGCCCAGGAGCCCAGCCGUGCGGAGGAGGACAGCCUGCUGCCCUUCAGCAGCUUCAACUUCUGGAGGGCGCCCAUCGCCAGCCUCAGCUCCUUCGAAUUCGACCUCAUCUGACGCCCUCCUCCCUGCUCCCUGUUGCCAGGCAUGCCAGGGGUCGGUUUCGUUGGUUCUGUGUGGUGUCGGGUGUUUGGUUUUGCUUUAUUUACCCCUGGGUGCUGCUAAGGAAGCCUGUGCUCAGCCCAGCCCUGCGGCACCGCCUCACCUCCUCCAUCCCUCCUGGGAACGCGGCGGGGCGAGCGGAGCCAGGCUGUCCUUGGGAUGGAACCCGUCUGCUUCGCUCCUCAGCGCUGUGCUGAAAUCAGAGAAAGGAACCAAAGCUCCACUUGCUUCGGAUUUUUUUGUGCUUUGGUUGUGGUGUUUUAUUUUUUUCCCCCCCCAAGAUUGUUUUCCGGGAGAGCAAACAGCAGCUCUGUCAUUGUGGGUGCGUUUGGGGUUGGAUGCAGUGCCAUGGGAAGCCGUAGUAAAGCCGUGAUGCAAAACAUCCCAAAAGUGACCUAAAAAAAAAAAAGAGGGG